AUGGCUAGCCGCCACGUCUUCACCCAACGACUCAAGUCGGGUGUCAUAUUCUCGGCCCCAGGUAACUUGCUCGCCAUGCCCGAGGGAGGCUGGGGUGACGAUAUACCCAUAACCCGACCGAAAAGGCCUAAGAGAAAGGUCCAAGGUCGUGGCCUCGGUCAUUUUCCUCACUGGAUAGCGAAGGUGGCGCCUUAUGACGAGGCAUACGAUGAUAUUGGCUCCUUCACGCCGGUUAAAGACACCCGUGGCGUUGGAAAUGAAUACAGACCUUACUCAAUAUCACCAUACCCCAAAACCGAAGUAGAAACAGCGGCGCCGAAAAUACCCGAGGUGACACUAUGUCUACCGAUGCUUAGUGUGUCUUUGACGGUGACUGUGGAUGGUACGGUCGCUCAUACAGAAUUGGUGCAGAAGUUUCACAAUCCUUCUGACAUCAUCAUCGACGCUGCCAAGCACGUGUUCCCUCUCUACGAUGGAGCGGUUAUCACGUCUUUCGAAUGCACCAUUGGAGAUGAGCGCCGCGUCAGAGGCGUUGUCAAGCCGAAGGUGCAAGCACGGAAAGAAUUUGAAGAAGCAAUGCGUGAUAAAGUGGCAGCCCCAGCCUUGUUGGAGGAGCAUACGCCUGAGAUCUUUGAGACGUCCCUUGGAAACAUUCCGGCGAACACGACCGUGGAGAUCAGGAUCACGUACGUGCAGGAGCUCAAGGUCGUCAUGAUGGAAUCGGAAGCGACAGAGGGCAUAGCUCUCACUAUUCCCAUGUCAAUCGCUCCACGAUACAGUAAAGCACCGAUUGAGUGGGAGCCAGCAUCAAGGGUACCAGAAGAGAGGCUUGACUUGUGGAUCCGGGUCCUUGACAAUGGGAAAGUCAACCAUGAAGGUUGUGAUGAGGAGUCAGGUCACCUUCUUCAGUUUGAAGGUUCCAGGCCUGGUGAAUACUUCAACUUGUCAGAAAAGGAUUCAGCACCUAAAAACUACUAUGUUUGGCACCAUGUAUCUGAGCCAGCCGUUCUAAGAAAAGACUUUGUGUUUGUCGUUCAGAUGAACGAGGGCCAUCAAAUCAAGUCUCGAGCCAUCGCCUGUCCCGUAGAUGACAAAAGCCUCGCAGCCAUGAUGGUACACAUCCGACCGAACGAUCUCUUCCGGAACGCCAUUAUUCCCCAAUCAUUCACUGGCGAAAUUCUGUUCCUUCUUGAUCAAUCUGCAUCUAUGGGAUGGACAAACGGUUCACCAGACUAUGGCAGACGUCACACCGGAGCACGAAAGAUCGAUGUCAUGCGCGAAGCAAUGCUUCUAGCUCUUUCCGGCAUACCAUCUACAUGUGUCUUCAAUGUUAUCUCCUGGGGCUCAGCAACAAUGGGUCUAUGGGAGACUUCGCGGCCUCAUACCAAGGAGAACAUUAGAGAAGCCAAGACUUACGUGUCUCAGGUUGAAGCUGACAUGGGAGGAACAGAUCUACUUCGUGCAUUGGAGUCCACCUUGAAGUGGCGGGUUCAGGAUAGAGGAUCAACGCAGAUCAUCAUUCUCACAGAUGGUGAACUAGAGCCGGAAGACUCUAUACAGUUCAUUUGGAAAAAACGUCAGAUAUUCGGAGACAGUCUUCGGUUCUUUGCCCUAGGUAUCGGCGAUGAAGUGUCUCAUCGUCUGGUCGAGAGUAUCGCGGAGUGUGGUGGUGGCUACAGUGAUGUAGUCCAUACUACGCAGACCCCGAGAUGGCAUGAUCGAUUGAACCGUCUUCUAAAGUCGGCUCUGGAACCAAACAGUUGGAGUUGCGAUAUCGACCUCGGUAGCGGAUUCGAACGAAAGAGUCUGGUUGAUUACAUGCUGGAGCAGCAGACCUCGGACAGUCACAAGACCCCAUACAUACAGGCCCCUUUUCCAAUUUCAUCACUUCAUCCAUUCAGCUUCGCCUCAAUUUCUUUCUUGAUCGACCUUCGUCACGGUGGAGAGCUCCCCAAGACUGUUACCAUAAGCACGACAACAGAUGGUGCUAAGAAGAAAACCUAUGGACUUCCUAUCGAGACAGUAUCAGGUAAUGAUGGCACAAUUCAUUGCUUAGUAGCCAAGUCUGUUCUGCUGGAUCUACAGGAUCAGAUCAAGCGUGGAACAACCGAAACAGAAGUCGCCAAAGCAAACGCAGAGAAUAUUGGCAUGACAUAUUCCAUCACCAGCAAAUGGACGAGCUUUGUAGCUGUCUCGGAAAAUCAGCCUGCCCAAACUGUGGAGGAGCAAAAGAUGAACCAUUACAAGGCACUCUUUGACGAGAUAGACAUCGACGAGCUCCUCAACAACGUCAGUGAUGACGAGACUUCAACUGCUGGUUCAUCCUCCGGUUCCGUCAUCAGUAUGGCCUAUGGUCCCCUUCUAAGCGCCGGAAGGAGCAGUAUAGCUGGACCACCAAUGUCUCACUAUCAUGUGAUUCCAGAAAAUCGAUUGACCACGGCCCGAGUCCUCAAGUCUGCGGGCGAAAUCCCAAUACCACCUCCUAUGCCUAAGCCGUGUCCACCAGCACGGCCACCAGCUGGAAUGGGUUUACCGUCUAAAUUUGGGGGCAGCAGUCGAGGUGAGCCUCAGGCACUUGAGAAACGUUCUUUAGGUGGGUAUAGUGAUGAGUCCGGAGACUCUUUAAGGCCCACGUGUAUAACCCUUACAGACCCGGAAACGCCAGGAGAGGCGAGAAGGUCCGGUGGUCGUGACGAAUUCAUCGCGAAUCGGAGUCUUGGGAUCUCUUGCCAUUCGAAUGAGGGACCUAGGCGGACCCCUUACGAAGACCUGGACUCUAGUGGAUCCCCAGCUCAGGCGGCGAGUGAUGUUCUCAUACCCACAAGAGAGCGCGUUUAUGAAGACAGUUCCUCAGGAUUUAUUGGCCACGAUUUCCCUCAGUAUCCUAAAGACUCCGCUUGGAAAGAACAAGAAAGCUUGUUGCGUGCGCCCACGGAAACUACAGACGGCAGCCAGUCCGACAUAACGCCACCUAUGACAGAAUUUGUCCAGGUUCGCGAAGCUGCCGCUGCCGCAGCUAAGUCACCUACUGAUGAGUUGUAUGCUCCAGAAGCUCCUAUACCACGAGGUUCUGAGCCUGCGUACACCGAACCUAGUGCACUUGAAGACGGCCAGCCUUCAAGCGUCGGGCCCUAUGUUCCGCCUGCACCACCAAUACCCGCCGGACUGUUUCGUCCAUGGUCCAUUACAACUUCUGAAAGUGUCAGCGAAAGGUUCGGUCAAAGCAGGAAAAAUGUGCAAGCAGAUGUUGAUGAUGAGACUAUGGUUCCACCGAACGCAAACCGUGGAUUCGCCAUACCAGCAGGGAAUCUAACACCAGAAGUAACACGUGUAAUCCGUGUGGUCCGAAAGUCAAGAUCACGAGCUCGGUACGACAGUUACCCAGAAGAUGGAAUGUCUACGAGAUCGAGUUUCAGCGACGACGUUCUUGAGCGGGGACCUCGGGCGCUGAUGGGUAACGAUGAUGAUGGCCCAGGGGAUGAAGUGUCAGAAUUAUCAUCAUCAAAGCCAAAAGGUCUUCCCGUUGGGACAUGCGGCGAUAAAUCAUACAAUUCUGACGCUGACACGGAACGAGUACCCAAUAUGUCAUCCCGCGCUAGAGGUUUGUCCCCGGGCGGCGCAGCUGAGAGACUUCAGCCUCCCUGUGCUACGUCGCGAUAUAUAAGUCCUGGCCAAGCCCUUUCAUCUCAGGCUCACUCACUACCUAAGGACUAUGGCUGGGAACCGCAAUUCGCACACGAGACUGUACCUGGAGGUCCUAAAUUCCCGACGUACAAAGCUAUGCCUAUCCCCAAUACUAGAUUUCAGGAUUUCUUCACAGGCUGUUCUGUGAAACAACGACGCGGUGCCUCGAAUCGCUGGGGAUCAGAUUAUGAUUCGGAUGACAGUUCAAUGAGUCGGGGCAUUUCAGAACCGUCCUCGUCUCAGUCGAAUGUCUUUGGCCCUCUGGACUGGCAAUUCGCGAUGGAGUGUCAAGACGGGCAGGGUCUCUUCGAUUUAUAUGAGAAAAGGCCAUCUCUGCACUUACACUUUUGUCCAGAGACCGCGACAAAGUUCGGCCUUAGGAUCUCGGAACUUCUGUCUAAUUCAUCGACCCCGGAAGAAGAGAGGGAUGAUGUAUCUGCCAGGAUACUUGAUACGUUGAUGAUGAUCGAGUGCUACAAAACUCAUAGGGCGCAGGAGGAAGAUACCUGGGACCUGAUGAUGGAGAGGGCAUGGGAUGCAGUGAUCUCAGCUCUGGGACUCGCGGAUGAGGAAGAAACACUGGAAGAACUGGCGGGUCAAUUGAGGGGUGCUAUGUUGCAUGCGCAUUAUGUUGCAGCAACUGGAGUGAAGGAUUCGGAGAAGGAUGAGGGUUCUGUGGGGGCAGUGAGAUGUCCAGCUUGUGAUGUGGUAUGGUCAACAACCAGGCGUUUCUUUUGUCCAUUCGAUCACGAGUCCGACGACGCUGAUGAGUUCAUGAAUUGGGAUGCCUUUUGGAAACAUCAGGUGGACCAGGGGCACGUCGUUUGUCCUCGAAAGGUUGUGUGAUAGCAACGAGAAACGGGCGGCAGAUAGAUAUACUUUAGGUCCCAUACUUGCCUCACCCGAGACCUUUUUCAUAUUUAUGCUGCGUCACCAAGGCUUGCCUGUUGCGCGGCGACAAGGAUAUCCAGAUCUGCCGCUUUGGUGGAGAGUUGGGUACCCUAUAGCUAUGUCUUCGAAUACGAGAGCCAGAUGCUUGUGGUUCAUGCUACUUAUUGUUAAUAAGAUUGCAUUAUUCUCAGAUGUUCAUGCAACUUUUUUAAAUUAGCCUACUAUAAAAACAGUUGAUCGCAUAC